AUGCCUCUCGAUAGAGCCAUCCGAACGUCCAUACUCGGAGCCAUACCGGUCCCCGAUUUCCUUCGCGCCGGUGCCAAGUUUGGCGAAGAAGGCCCCGUUCCAAGCCUCGAUCAUAUCAUGGUUCGCGUAGCCACCCUCCACGCAAGAUCGUCUGUACUUUUACAUACUUAUACGACUCACGGCCAUGCUGCUAUCUGGGCUCAAUACCGCGCUGUCCGUAUAAUCGUUAACAGCAUCCGAAGACGGGCGCUUUGUGUCAUGUCGCGUUGCUCGGCGCAGGCUAUAUCGGUACGCGCACAAGAGGACGAUCAACAUUGUACCGAAGGAGUGCCUGCGACUCAGAGACGGUGGUUAAAGGCUAGACUAAAAUCUGUUGGUAAUGUUCUUGGAGAUGCUGCCCUUGACACCGUUGCUGAGCAGGGUGAAUUCAUAUUCUAA